AUGGAGGAGUUUUGGGACAACAACGGUCCGUAUGCGCUGGCCAAGCUUGCUGACAGGCUGGCCACCCCUCAACCGCUGCCACCGCAACAGCAGCAGCACCCGGACCCACAGCAGCAGCAGCCUCCGGCGGCACCGCCACCCCAGCCACCGGCCCAUGACCUGCAGCCCAACGGGCUGCUCAGCAUCCUGCCACCGGUGCUGCCGCCUACGGCCCUGGAAACAGAGACAGCACCGCCCACCUACCCGCUAGACGAUUUUGAAGCACUGGAGCCGGAGCUGCCUGGGUGGCUGGGAUUGAGCUUGGCUGAGCUCCUGGCGUGCGGCUUCCGCUUCGCUGAGGCCCUACGUAAGUUUAAGCAGCACUGGGUGGCGGUACGGCAGUACCAUCAGGCCCUCCGAGCAGCCAAGUUGUCCCGCCACCGUGCAGCAGCAGCCGGGGAUUCAGAUACAGGCAGCAGCAGCAGCAGCAGCAGGGAGCACCCUGGUGACUGCCAGUCCGCACCAGGUGUUGUGAUGGCGCUGCAGCAGCAGCAACCGCCGGCGCACUCCGCCACGGGUGGCGGUUCUGCACCCGGCAGGCAACCUGUAGCAGGGGCGCCCGGGCAGCAUUCCGCCAUGCUGGGACAGCUCUCUGCAGCUGAGGCGGUGGACGCCGAGGUCGACCAAGGGCACGACCAGGGGCAGGGACAGGGGCAGCAGCCCGCAGUGGCGACAGGAGACGCUGGUGGUACCAAUUUGCCUGGUCCGUCAGAGGCGCAGGAGGCAGCUGAGACGGCGGCAAUGGAGAAAGGGCAGCAGGCACCUGUGCCGUUGCAAUGCAUGGAUAUCGACUCGAGGCUGCCGAACGGCUCGUAGUGCAGCAGUUAAAGGAGGUCGUGAGUAGCAGUGUAGGUGAACUGGGAAACAUCCACUCGCCCUACAGUCCACAACCUACUUCCUGGAGGGGAGGGGCACUGAGAUGACGCUACCAGGAUGGCGCCGUGGGGGAACCUUACUGUCCCGAGCUGCAUGGGGCAUGCCGGCGGUGUAAAAGAGUUGAAUCCGCGUGAGUUGCACGUUUAGGCGGAUUCUGCACCUGGAUGCGAAUGUGUGGGGACUGGCUGAAUGGGUUUUGGCAGGGGCUCUGCGCACUGCAUGGGCUGCAUUGAGAAUUGAAAUUUUUCGCGGUGUCUGUAAAGGAGUAAGGUGGAAGAUGGGGGGCUGGCUAUGAGCACUGCAGGGGGGUGUGAGGUGCGGCUUUCCUUACAUCCGUGGAUGGAGGCUAUUCGUUUGGUAAUCUUGCCCAUGGUGGGGAAAGGUAAUGGAUACCUGCCGCUCUACGUGCUGCUCUCGGGCGUGAAGCAGUGGGGCUUCCCGGGGUCCGCAUGUCGUCCAUGCUGAUCCGUCUGCACACCGAAUAUAUGGGCGCCAUCCAUGUUCUGUAGGGUCGAAUGCACGGUUUUGGGAUAACAACAAAACCUUCACAGACAUUAAGUUUGGUAUUGCGUUUCGGCGCACUAGGGUUUAUACGCUUUGAUAUGUACCAUCGGCAUCUUCUUAGGCAUGAGGAUGGGUUCAUGUAUACGGGUGUGUAAGUCCACUCUUAGGUC